AUGAGAAAACACGGCAACGAACGUACCAGCCUGGCGGUACCUUGGGUGCCUGAUAUGAACCGCCAGUCACAUCUGCCUAGGCUGCAGCAAACAAUAGCCCGCUCACACCAAGACGAGCGGAAAGGCUCCGACCUCUCGUACCUCGGUCCUGUCGUGGCUCAUUUCCGCAUCUCAUCUUUGCACUGUCUGGUGACAGUCGCUCGGGUCCUGACCAGGGCCCUGCCAACGCACGCAUUUCCUUACAACGGCAAAAUGCCCUCUUCCAACAACGCAGCCGCCACCAAUCACCGACUCUGCAUCCUACGCUCCACCGCAAAGAGGACCACAACAGGUCAGCGAGGCGCCGCUGGCUAUCUGCGUGCCUUACAUCGCCAUCUACGCAUCAUGGAAUUCGUCAAUGCCGGUGGUGGGUGCCACAGGCGAGGCCGGGAUGCUGCACCGCAAUCUCCAACUACCGCCAUCAGUCGCCGUCGCACGGAACGGCGUGAACCACGAGAUCACGGAUUCCGGCCGGCGUCCUCGAAAGCAGUGUGUGGCCGCGGAAGCCUCGACCUGCAGCCAUUUCUCCUAGCGCCCAAGGUGACGGGCUGUGAUGCCGCUUUCUGUCACGGCGGAUACCUGAAGAACUAG